AUGAUCCCUCUUCCUUCCAGCCUGUGGGGCCUGGCCUUGGUCACUUUAGGUCUGCUUGUUGUGACAAAGCUGAUUCUGGAUGUGUUCUUUUCUCGUUUGAGACCCAUUCCUGGCCCGGUGUUGGCCAAGAUCACUGAUCUUUGGCGUGCGUCUCACGCAUAUGGUGGACGCAUUGAUCUCAAGAAUGUUCAAUUACACCGCAAAUAUGGCACAGUGGUACAGGUCGGGCCCAAUUGUGUGAACAUAUCAGAUCCGAAUCUAAUUCGGACAAUUUACUCCACCCGCAAUUCAUGGAAAAAGAGUGAUAUGUACCGCCCCAAUGAUGUACUGCUUGACGGCCACCGACUAUCGAAUCUGUUCAACACCCAGGAUGAAGAUUGGCACAACCAGAAUAUCCGACCUAUUCGGAGCCUUUGGACCAUGACUAAGGUUCUAGAAUACGAGCCUUUCAUCGAUGAAACGAUAAUCAAGUUUGUAGACAAGCUAGCGCUAAAAUUCGUCGAUGGAGAUAACGCAGGGAAGGUUUGUCCGGCAGAUGAAUGGAUUGGCUUCUUUGCCUGGGAUGUCACCGCUAACUACAGCUUUGGUCGGCACUAUGGAUUCAUUGACCAGGAGAAGGAUAUCGACAAUUUGAUCACCGACUCGACUGCUGGCCUGAGAUACUUCGCACCGGUCUCUCAAAUCCCCUGGAUUGACAACAUCCUCGACAAAAAUCCUAUUAAGCGCAUUGGGCCCAAGCCCACCUUGACAGGCGCCCUGUACGCCUUCAAGGUCGUCGCCGAAUACCAGGCGCAGCUCGCCGAGAAGAAAAUAUCCGCCAGUACUGUGGACCAUACGCUCGACAAGUACGUGCAGCUGAAAGAAACAUACCCCAACAUGGUAGACGACAACCAGAUUGUCAACUGGCUAAUGCUGAGCAUUGUUGCUGGAGGCGACACGAGCUCGGCUACCAUGCGCGCCGCCGUUUACUACCUAGCCAAGUCAUCUGCUGCGAUGGCCAAGCUUGCCACAGAACUCAAAGCCGCUAGUAUCUCUUCCCCCGCUCCCUGGGAGGAGAUCCGCGACUUGCCAUACCUAGAUGCCGUUAUUCGUGAAGCUCUGCGCGUCAACCCCGGCAUUGCCAUGAUCUUCGAGCGUGUCGUUCCAGAGGGUGGAUUCACGCUUCCCGAUGGACGAUAUCUCCCUGCAGGUACCAAGGCCGGGAUCAACCCCUUUGUGACAAACCGUGACUUCGGGGUGUUCGGGGAUGAUGCCGAUGAAUUCAAUCCGGACCGCUGGCUGCAGGGCAAAGAUGAAAACCCGGAGAACUUUGAGGUUCGUCUGCGUCGGAUGAAAGAUACUGUCGACUUAUCUUUUGGUGCCGGAGGCCGGGUUUGCAUGGGCCGGUAUCUCGCUAUGCUAGAGAUCAAAAAGUUGAUUGCGUCGCUGUACAGCUCCUGCGAUAUCCAACUGGUGGAUCCCAAACACGAAUGGAAGUACCAAAAUUCCUGGUUCGUGUAUCAGUACGAUAUGCCCAUGGUCAUUCGGCGCCGAUGA